CCGCGCCGCGAUGCCGUCACUUCCGUCGUGCUGUGCGCGUCACUUCCGAAUCCUGCUGCGGGAUGGCCGGCGGGCGCGGACGGGUCUCCCGGAGCCGGCGGGGGCCCAUGGCGGCUGGGAAGGGGGCGCUGGGGCUCCGCGCCCCCGAGGAGACAGUGAACCGCUGGGUGCUGCAGUUCUACUUCCACCAGGCCGUGGGGGCCUAUCGGGCCCGUCGGAACCGGGACUUCCGCGAGUUCCGCGACGUGAUGCAGGCUCUGCUGCUGCGGCCCCUGGUUAAGGAGCCUGAAAUCUCCCGGCUGCUCCGGAUUAUGCAGUUUCUUUCAAGAAUUGAGGAGGGAGAGAACCUCGAUUGCACCUUUGAUACAGAGUCAGAGCUCACCCCUCUUGAAUCGGCAAUCGGUGUGCUGGAGCUGAUUGAAAGAGAAUUUCCUGUGUCUGAGGUGGCAAUGGAAUCUGUUAGAAAAAUGGUGAAACAAGCUGCUGUUAUCAUUUGUAUUAAAAAGAGAGAAUUUGAUAAAGCCUCAAAAAUUCUGAAAAAAAACAUGGCAAAGGAUCCCAGCACCCAGAAACUGAGGACAGAGUUGCUCAGCAUUAUCCGUGAGAAGAAUUUGUCUCAUAUGAUGAUCCGAAAUUUUUCCUACAAGACUUUUCAGCAGAGUGCGUUCCAGUUCUUGGAGACCUACCUGGAGGAUUCAGAGCCCUUUCUCUUGACCAUGGCGAAAAACACUUUGAAGUCAGAAUAUAUUGAUGAAACUAAGAAGCUGGCAUUAGUUCCAGACUCUGUGGAAGUAACUAAGCAACCACCAGCGGCGGCUCCAGACUCUGUGGAAGUAGCUAAGCAGCCACCAGCGGCGGCUCCAGACUCUGUGGAAGUAGCUAAGCAGCCACCAGCGGCAGCUCCAGACUCUGUGGAAGUAGCUAAGCAGCCACCAGCAGUGGCUCCAGACUCUGUGGAAGUAGCUAAGCAGCCACCAGCAGCGGCUCCAGACUCUAUGGAAGUAGCUAAGCAACCACCAGCAGCGGCUCCAGACUCUGUGGAAAUGUCUUCAAAGGACUCUGGGAGGCAGCCGCCUGGAACUGUAACAACAUAUGGGAUUUCUGCUCUGAGAGAAGCUUUCAAGACCUUGUCAAAUUCCCAAGAUUCUGAUGCAGCCUUUACCAAACUGGAUGAAACAGACUUUUCUUUCCCCAAGCAAUUGUCCCCUUCUGUAUCCCACAGACUCAAGAGGCAGAGAGAAGAGGAGAAUUCACCCUUGGAGACCUCUGAGACCUCAGACAUACCUAAAUCACCCCCAAAGAGUAAACGCUUGUUGACUAUAAGCAGACUGAUUAUGGAGCAGGACAGCCAGAGUACUGAGCUGAGUGAGACUCCAGACUCAUCCCAGGAGCCAGUGGUAUCUUCUGCAUUCAGGACUCUUGUUCAAAAGCCACAUGUUCAGCGUGUGUCUUCCAGAAGUCCCAAGCCACUGAAAGCAAGAUGGAACACCUCGAAUGGGCAAGAAGAAAAGGACACUUGGAGUGAGGAAGAUGAGCUCUUCCUGGACAAGAGGUCCCCUGGGAGAAAUAGCCACAGCUCUUCAAUCCUCGGUUCCAAGAAGCAGAGGUGGACAGUGCAGGAAAGCGAGUGGAUCAGAGAAGGAGUGAAGAAAUUUGGAGAAGGGAACUGGAAAAUCAUUUGCAAAAAGUUCCCCUUUGAGAACCGCACCUCGGUGAUGAUUAAGGAUCGCUGGCGGACCAUGAAAAAGCUGGGACUCCACUGAAAACAGGAGUUGAGGAACUCUUUGAGUGACACUUGCUCUCAUUUCUCUCCAAAAGAUGGAUGAAAGCAACACCUGCCAUGGGAGGAAGGUUGUAGCAAUGUGACAGGAAUGAUGUGGAGAAUUGUUAUGGCUGCUUGGCAGAGCUGAAUGCUACAGCUGGAAGAAGCAAAGUUUAACUAGAGUUUAGGAAACCUUCCUAGUCCUUGUAUUUAGCUGGAGUCACUAAAUUUAGAUCUUUGUCUGUCAACAGAAGCAAGGCAGCCUGAGUAACUAUGGAAAUAGUUUUGUAGAAGUGCUACAAUACUGACAUUUUGUAUAUGUUCAGAAACGGCGAGGACUCUGGCAGCCUUUGCCCUGUGAGCGUUAGAGCUGGAACCUGAGUGGACUGUAACCGGGAUCACUGCUUUCUCUACUCAGGUGUUAGUUGAAUGGCAGGGUAAUCCUGUCACCAACUGUUUUAUCUCUAUUAAUAUUCUUAAACCAAUUGUGAAUCACUUGGCUGAUCUCCAUUUGCCCAUCAGUCCCUCCGAGAGGGGAAAGCAGUGGUGUAGGAGCUGUUGCUGAGUUGUACUGGCAGAAGUCUGGUUUCUUGGCUAGGGAACCGGCAUUUGUUUCCACGAUUCUCUGCUUUGAACAUUUUUAUAUUGAGUGGGGAUUUCUUCCUCCACAUUUUUUUGAUGCUUUAAAAAUAGAUGUUUUGUCUUUGUGCUCAUUAGUUUCUAGAAUGUUUGGAGCCAGAUGUCACCAAGUUAAAAGUUAGUGUUCAGUUGGUUUGACUUUGUGUUUGAGUUGCCUCCUUCUUUGCAAAAUUCCCUUCCUUCUGUCUGUUUCCUGGAGUAGUGCAUUAUCUCUGAAAGGUCUCUGGGGAUCUCUGGCAGGCACCAGGCAUGCCUUGCCUUCUAGUGCGAAGUCCAAUCCCAUACUAAACCCAUCGUGUAAAAUAAAGCAGUUCCUAUGUUGGAUAUAA